AAGGUUGCCACCUUCGUCCAAGUGCAGUUUGGUGCCGAAUCCUAAAACUGAACAGGUAACCUCACUUUACUCCGUACUUUCUUAUUCUUUCUAUCUAUCGGUCUAGUCAAUUCUAUCGUGGGAAUCCUUCGCGACACACACCUGGGCCUGGGGAAUGUAUACACAACUACGCGCAUUGAACCCUCGUGCUGCUGCACCUGCUGCCUGCCUUCUGCUUCUGGGGGAGGAUUAGCCCACCCUACCUGCGUGACUGAAGGAACCUCAACUAGGCCUGAGGAGUUCGAGUUCGACCCCAUAACCUUCUCUUCCCAGCCAACACAGCGCCCGUCAGCACUUUACUGUGACUCUCCACAAAUCCACAAUGGCCGCGCUGGUGGAUUCACCGCGACCCGCCCUGGUCAGCGAUGCCGACCUUCUCCAGGCCCGCGCCGCCCUGCAGCACCAAAACAGUCCCGACAUCUCGGUCCCGCGCGAAUUCAUCUCCCUAAUUGUCGAGGAACUGAUCUAUCGCAGAGAGUCCCACUCCGCAAUCGCAGACGUCGAACAUGAAUGCUCGAACCUCCGGAAAGAGCUCCGAAAACACACUCACAUCAAUGAAGCCUUUCAGAAAGAACUGCGUGAGAUCGGCGAGAUUAUCACCCAAGUCGCUCAUGGCGAUUUGUCGCAGCGCGCGCGGCUUCAUCCGCUGGAGAUGUCGCCUGAUAUUGCGACCUUCAAGCAGACUAUCAACACGAUGAUGGAUCAAUUGCAAAUCUUCAGUCAGGAGGUAUCCAAGGUGGCACGCGAAGUGGGCACCGAGGGAGUUCUCGGUGGUCAGGCCAACAUUGAUGGUAUCCAAGGAAUUUGGCAAGAACUCACGGUCAACGUGAACGCCAUGGCCAACAAUUUGACUACCCAAGUCCGUGAUAUUACUACCGUGACCACCGCGGUGGCCAAGGGUGAUUUGACCCGGAAGGUGCAAGCGGAUUGUAAGGGUGAAAUCUUGCUGCUCAAGAACAUCAUCAACUCCAUGGUGGAUCAGCUCCGAGAGUUCGCCUUUGAGGUGAGCCGAGUUGCUCGCGAAGUCGGAUCGGAUGGAACGCUUGGUGGUCAGGCUGUUGUCCACGGCGUAGAGGGCACUUGGAAGAAUCUGACCGACAACGUGAAUCGCAUGGCCUCGAAUCUGACCCAACAAGUUCGUGAGAUCGCCAAGGUGACGACUGCCGUGGCUCGUGGCGAUCUUACUAUGAAGGUGACGGCCGACGUGAAGGGCGAAAUUUUGGAUCUGAAACUUACGAUCAAUGCGAUGGUCGAUCGACUCAAUCAGUUCGCCUUCGAGGUGAGCCGUGUAGCUAGGGAAGUCGGUACGGACGGAACGCUUGGUGGACAAGCCCAAGUCGAGAAUGUUGAGGGUCGUUGGCGCGACCUAACAGACAACGUGAACACAAUGGCUCAGAAUCUCACACAACAAGUGCGACAAAUUUCAAACGUGACUCAAGCUAUUGCUCGAGGCGAUCUAAGUACCAAGAUCGAAGUCCACGCUCAGGGUGAAAUCUUGACUCUGAAAGAAACAAUUAACCGCAUGGUGGAUGGCCUCAGUCUAUUUGCCCGAGAGGUCAAGAUUGUGGCGAGAGACGUGGGUGUGCGAGGUAAACUUGGCGGACAGGCGAAACUGGACGGCUCGUAUGGUAUCUGGCGGUCUAUUAGUGAAGACGUCAAUAUCAUGGCCGACAAUCUCACCUCGCAGGUGCGAGCCUUUGGCGAGAUCACCGAGGCUGCGAUGAGCGGUGAUUUUACCAAACUGAUCACUGUGUCGGCAUCGGGUGAAAUGGAUGAUCUGAAGCAGAAGAUCAACAAGAUGAUUUGGAGCUUGCGUGAUAGCAUACAACGGAACACGGCUGCGCGUGAAGCUGCAGAACUGGCGAACCGAAGCAAGUCAGAGUUCCUUGCUAAUAUGAGUCACGAAAUUCGAACUCCAAUGAAUGGAAUUAUCGGCCUUUCAAGUCUAGCCCUCGACACAGAUGACCUUGCCGCUCCCGUCCGAGAAACACUCAACAUGGUGCAUAAUCUUGCCAUCAGCCUGUUGACUAUCAUUGAUGACAUCCUCGAUAUCUCCAAGAUCGAGGCUAACCACAUGAUGAUCGAGAAGAUGCCCUUCAGCCUAGGAUCUACAGUCUUUGGUGUUUUGAAAGCUCUGGCAGUGGAGACCAAUGAAAAGGCUCUCACAUUGUCCUACACCGUUGAUGGCAAUGUGCCAGAUUUCCUGAUCGGCGACGCUUAUCGCUUGCGUCAGGUGAUGCUCAACCUGGUCGGCAAUGCCAUCAAGUUUACCGAUCAUGGUGAAAUUCAGGUCACGAUCAGGCGCGCUGAGAACUGCCAGUACGAGGAGGACGAGACAAUGUUUGAGUUCUCCGUCACGGAUCCUGGCAUUGGUAUUGAGGAGAGCAAACUUGGUCUGAUUUUCGACAAGUUCCAGCAAGCAGACGGGUCGAUGACUCGCCGUUUCGGCGGGACAGGUCUUGGACUGGCUAUUUCUAAGCGCCUUGUCUCUCUCAUGGGUGGUGAUAUCUGGGUUACGUCCCGUGUAGGCGAGGGAAGCAAGUUCUCUUUCACCUCUCGAGCCAAACUGGCACAGGCCCCAGCGGGAUUCUCGGAGCAAUUAGCACCAUACCGGGGCCGCCGAGUUCUCCUUGUUGACAACGGUGACUCAGAAGGCUGUCCCGUACCCGCAAUUCUGAAAGACCUCGGCCUCGAGCCCGUGGUCGUCAGUGACGGUGAGCUCGUGCCCGGCCAAACUCGAAAGGACCUGUGUGGCUCUUUCGAUGCUAUGCUGGCCCCCAGCUUAGACACAGCAGCCAAGCUACGCGCAGACCCGAAUCUCUCCCUCAACCCACUGGUUAUCGUGGCACCAGUGGUGUCCCUCCUCCUCAAGUCUGCCGGUGAACUCGGUGUUUCAUCGUACAUCACGACACCCUGUCGGCCCAUCGAUUUCUGGAGUGGCAUUCUCCCUGCCCUCGGUAACCGAAGGAACCGCGUAUCCGAAGGAAUCACCCGGUCCCUUGCAAUCCUACUAGCAGAAGACAACGACGUGAACCAAAAGGUCGCCGUCCGCAUCCUCCAAAAAUGCAACCACAACGUCACAGUCGUCGAGAACGGUCUCCAAGCCGUCAAAGAAGCACAGCAACACCGCUACGACGUGAUUCUGAUGGACGUGUCCAUGCCGGUCAUGGGCGGUUUCGAGGCAACGGUUAAAAUCAGACAACACGAGAAACUGAACAGUUUGCCACGUACGCCUAUCGUGGCACUUACCGCACAUGCCAUGCUUGGUGAUCGCGACAAAUGUAUUCGAGCAGGCAUGGACGAGUAUCUCUCUAAGCCAUUGAACUCGAAUAUGAUGAUGCAGACUAUCUUGAAAUGCGCUUCUAUGAAUCUGGUCUCGGCUGUGGAAACUUGAGAUUGUGUCUGGGCUCCAAGUUAUGAUUCGAUGCCGGUUGUCGAUGAUACUGGUGCCCAGGAAAAAUGAUUGCGGGUGGGGUCACGACCCUUACCCGAUACCUGACAUCUACCAUGAUGGAUGCACUGCGGAGGCAGAAUACACUUUCUGAAUGGAAGAUGGAACAAUGGCUGCGAAAAGCGGCUUGUACUCUGCUUGCGUGGUGCAAAUUAUAUCCUUUCAUAAGGCUUUGGUCUCAACAUACCUGACUGAAGAGCGCAGAUGCUCAUCCCAUACCGACGGGAUUCCAGGAUGGAACCAUAUGAUCUUAUCUUAGAUUCCACAUCCACCGAGGUCGUUCAUCUCACAAAGUUCAAUGGGAUUGCAUGUCAUGUACCUGUUCAGACAUUGAAGCGAAGACGUUUGGCGAUCUGGAGUAUAGGAUCCUGAUCUUUGGACUCUGUUAGGAGUAUUUUUAUCUAUUUAUUGCGGGACAUGAAAUUAGAAGACCCUGUUUCUGUGACGUGACAUUCGGUACAAAUAGGAUAUCAAAAUAUGACUGCAUGAAC